AACCGUGACGACGUAAACAUGUCUUCUGAUGGGCCGCCUCCCACCUGUUGCUCUUCUGAUGGGCCUCCUCCCACCUGUUGCUCUUCUGAUGGGCCUCCUCCCACCUGUUGCUCUUCUGAUGGGCCUCCCACCUGUUGCUCCUGUGAUGGGCCUCGUAUGUCUGUGGACCCUCAGAUUAAAAUGGCCGAAUUUAAGACACCGGUGACCAAGCGAAUCAUAUCAGUUCUGAAGAAAGAGAACAUGGGUACUCCACAAAUCUUGAUACCACCAUCUCCAUGUAUGCGACAACUCGGAUAUGGAACAGGUGUUAAUGUUUACCUUUUGGAACGUUUUUCUCCAAUGCGUGGCUGCUACAAAUCUCCGUGGGCUGUAAAAAAAAGAAACAGCAAAGUAGUUGACAAAGACGGGGAAUUUACCAAGAGAUUAAGUUUUGAAGCAGAAGUUCUGAAGAGGCUCAACCAUCCAAACAUAAUUGGCUAUCGGUCCUACACUUACAACAAGGAAGGAACUCGGUGUUUAGCCAUGGAGAGUGGGGACGAGUCCCUCGCAGACAUAAUUGAGACCCGACAAGAUGAUGGACUUGGACCAUUUCCAUGUCUGCAAAUUCUGAAAGUGGCAAGAGACAUUUCUUCAGCUCUUAUAUACCUGCACGAUGAGAUGCACUUACUCCACGGUGACCUGAAGAGUGCUAACAUCCUCAUCAAGAACAACUUUGAUACAGUAAAACUUUGUGAUUUUGGAGUAACUUUAAAACUAAAUGAAAAUGGAGUGGCAAGUGAAGAUGAAUGUUAUGUGGGCACGGAGUGUUGGUCAGCUCCUGAAGUCAUUGCUUGUGAUGCCAUAACCCACAAAACUGAUAUGUUCUCCUUUGGCCUUGUUCUAUGGGAGAUGUUGUCCCUUAACCCUCCUCAUAUGGAUAAACUGGACUUCAGUGAGGCUACAUCAGAAGAGAAGACUGAUACUUCAGAUGGCGGGAAAGAUGAAGAGUUUUAUAAAGCACUAGGGACACGACCAGCUCUACCCGACGUUGUGUUGGGUGAUGACUACCUGCCCGUGUUGGAGAUAUUCUACGCUUGUACUGAGGCUGAUCAUGCUAGGAGGCCAUCAGCCAAACAAGUUUUGCAUGUUCUUGAUUGUCUGAAAUAAAAAUGAAAGGAAAUAUGAAACUUGAGAAAAUGUUUGUCUUAAUCGUGUUGAUAAAAAAUAUUGUUCUAUAA